AUGAACUACAUUACAGCAAUGGAUAACUUGUCCAAUCAGGUUACAGUUGAGCGCGGUGGGAAGAUUGGGUCACAUACAUUCUCGAAAUAUUUCCUUCCCUACAGCAGAACUCAAGAGUCAUUUCAUGGCCUCACGCUUAGUGAUGUCAACACCCUAAUUGUUUUUCAAAUCACAAUUGCUAGCCGGCAUAGUGUCAUACCACUUGGGAUUUAGAGACUUGCUAAGAUCCCUACCACGCACCAUCACACAUCUAAAUAUUGUUUUUGUUGUCCCAUCCCACAGGCAGCGAGACUUCCAACGACCGCAGAAUAUCCCCAAUGCUGCCGACCUGGAGUACCCACCGACAGCGCUCUCGAUACCGCAGUUCUACUUAGUAUUCCCGGACGAAAAAGUCAAGUUUGUUGCAUCCAAUCACUUAGUUUCCAGUCACGAUGAGGAUGAGGAUGAAGACGGCGACGGCGACGACGGCGAUGAAAUGACCAUGAUGGAGGGGCAGGCUGAGGGACCUAUUGAACAGGUGCUGGAGGCGGAGGUGGCAUGCCAUGUCCUGAUGAUGCAGGAGGCCCAGUAG